AUGAAAGUCCUGCGUAAAAUCAAUUGACACCCCCCCGGGGGCCAAUGUAAUUUAGGCCUGUAGUCUCUGUAAACAAAACCGCUGGCUCUGAGUGAGACUCCGACGGGAAGAUGGCGAACCACUAUGAAAUCCCGAAGUGGGCUGGCAAACCACCAGUUGGACUGCAUUUAGAUGUUGCCAAAGGUGAUAAAUUAAUACAGAAACUUAUGAUAGAUGAAAAAAAAUGUUACCUUUUCGGCCGAAAUCCACAACUUAAUGAUUUCUGCAUUGACCAUGCUUCGUGCUCGAGAAUCCAUUGUUCGUUAGUAUAUCACAAACACCUUAACAUGGCCUUUUUGGUUGAUCUAGGGAGUACCCAUGGGACUUUUAUUGGGAAUAUUCGUUUAGAGGGAAAUAAACCAACGCAGCUGCCUGUAAAUUCAACUUUUCAUUUUGGAGCUUCCACAAGAAUGUACACACUGAGAGAACGCCCCCAGACUGCUCCAAAACCUGUUAUGGAUGAAUUGGAAAGAAUAUCUGAAGAUAGUGAUGGAGGACUGCUGGGUCUACCAGAAACAGAAACAGAGUUGGAUAACCUCACUGAAUUCAACACUGCCCACAAUCGACGUAUUUCCAUGUUGGGAAUUGGCGAAGAUGAUCCAAAACCGAGAGGGCGGAAAAGACACAAAUUUAAUGUCAGUUUUAAAGAUGAAGAAGAUGUUAUAAAUCCUGAAGAUGUUGAUCCAAGUGUUGGAAGAUUUAGAAAUCUUGUUCAAACUACUGUGGUGCCUUCUAAGAAACGACGUUUGGAUAGUGGACUCGUAUCAAGUAGCAGUGUGCGAGAAAUGGAGGGGUUAGGAAAAGCCAUGGUGCAAUUUCCCGUAGUUAGUGAUGGCUUGUAUGGUGAUUUGCCUCCUGAGCAACACAGUCAUGGUGGUUCUCACCAUUCGAUGUUCUCCUCUUUGUUAUCUUCCAAAACCUUGUCUGCCUUAUUACCGAAUCCUGCUCCAGAGGUGGAAUUAGCCCCACCAGAACCAGUUGCCCCAGAGAUACCUCCUGCACAUUUACAAGUGUCUGUUGAUCCAGAUGAACCAAAGAAGAAGAAGUAUGCCAAGGAAGCAUGGCCAGAAAAACCUACUCCGUCACUUCUUGUUUGAAGUGCCCCGUUGUUUUCUAUACAAAAGUCAAGUGAAUAGUCAUCAUCAGCUUAGUCUGUGUUUACUGACUUGACUACACAUAUCCCAAGGAUGGAUUUGUAUUUUUCUAGAGUAUUUAUAGUUAUAAACUAAAGAGAAAGAUAUUUAGUUGC